UUUAAUAUGAAGAAGCAUCUUUUCUAGCUAAAUAAAUUGUGAGAUCAGCAGGUCAAAGAAGUAGUUAACAAGCUGGUUAUAAAUCGAACGAGUUUCUAGAAAAUUAGCAGCAAAACCGAGAGUGAGAUAGAUAUGGAUUUGAGGGUUAAGGUAGGAUGUGUGCAAGAUGUGGAAAUGUCAGAACCGGUGAGCCCAACGGGGCAGUACUUCAACACCUCGGUGCUUUCUAUAUCUCUAAUUUGCAUCUUGGAGUUUGAGAACCCCAUUGAUGACGCUUCAAGGCUUGCACUUCAUAUUAUCGAUGACUUUCUUCACAUUAACCCUCGUUUCUCUUCCAUCAUGGUUGAAGACAAAGAAGGCGGAAAGUGCUGGAAGAGAGUUCAAGUGACGGUGGAAGACCAUAUCAAAGUUGCUUGUUUUCCUGAAGGAUUAUCAUCCGAAUCCUAUGAUCAUUAUUUCAGAGAUUACCUAUCCAAAAUGGCGAUGGACCCACUCCCACAAACAAAGCCAUUAUGGGAAAUUCACAUCAUCAAGUACCCAACAAGCAAUGCAUCUGGAAACGUUAUUUUCAAGCUUCAUCAUUCACUUGGUGAUGGUUACUCUCUUAUGGGUGCCCUUCUCUCUUGUCUACAACGAGCAGAUAAUCCUUCUCUCCCCUUAACAUUUCCAGUUCUUCGGAAAACCAUCAAGCCAGAAAAUGAGCUCAAGAACUUAAUUAGUGUCAUAGCACAGUCCCUGACUGGUGCAUUAAACACUUUAUUCGAUUUUGGUUGGAGCAUUCUAAAGAGUAGUUUCCUGGAAGAUAGCCGGAGUCCGAUACACUCAGGAAAUGAAGGGCUGGAGUUUGGGCCGAUCAGUAUUAUGGCAAUGGCAUUCUCUAUGGAUCAAAUCAAGCAAAUUAAGUCCCGCCUUCAAGUGACAAUAAAUGAUGUGGUCAACGGAAUGAUCUUCCUGGGGACAAGAUUAUACAUGGAUUUAACUAGUAAAGAAGAAAGAAAUACAAGGCCCACGGCUUUGGUAGUGCUUAACACCCGAUCUAUUGGUGCUUAUAAGUCUGUGAUUGAGAUGGUUCAAAAUAAAGAAGCUAAAAGUCUAUGGGGAAAUCAGUUUACUUUCUUACAUGUUUCGUUACCAGAGCUUUACCGGAAUGAUGAGUCUUUCAAUCCACUUAAAUUUAUUAAAGAAACACAAACUAUCAUUAGGAGGAAGAGAAAUACCUGUACGGUUUAUCUUACUGGAGUUCUACUUGAAUAUUUGAGAAAGUAUAGAGGCCCAGAGGUAACAGCUAAAUACAUUCAUGGAAUCAUUAAGAAUUCAAGCAUGGGGGUGUCAAAUGUAAUCGGGCCACUUGAAAAGAUGACUCUUUCUAAUCAACGAGUUAAAGGCUUGUAUUACAUGCCCAUCAAUGGCCCACAGAGCCUUACGGUGACAACAAUUAGUUACAUGGACGAGUUGAGGGUCGCAGUAGGAACGGAGAAAGGUUUCAUAGAUCCUGAGAAGUUCCAGACAUGUAUAGAGAAAGCUUUCAAUAUGAUUUUUGAUGCUGCAGUUAAGUCUUAAUGAUUUGUGUGUUUAUACCAUGUCCAUGGAUUUUAUAAGUCAUUUCAGGAAAAAAUUAUUGAUCUUCGUUAUCCCUACGGAUGAUCAAAUAUUAUCGUAAUUAAAUAUAAGACAAAACUUCUUGAUUAUUUAUUGAUUUGACUAUUAUGUAAUGGUAGUAUGUUCUUUCAUUAGCGAGUGUUAAACAUCAUUCGUAAUUUUCAGUGUGUUCUUUA